GCGCCGCCGCUGCCGCCCUUUCUCCGUCCGGAAAGGCGCUGGAGCAGCGGCCCACACGGGCUGCGCUAGUCAAACGCGACAGCGAACCCAACCGCACCGGUCGUCGACGCGAGAGCACUCCGAAACGCACGGAAGACGGUGUGUCGCCGGCAGAUCUCCGCGCCGGCGUGCUGCUGUCAGACUGUCCGCGCUCGGGAGGGUCGCGGAGGAUAUGUCCGCUGCGCUCAUUCAAGCUCGCACCGUCGUCGAAAGUGUGUCUGCAUGACACCGCAGUCGUUGGGAAUUCUACGGCUGUCAAGGCCGACCAACUUCUACCUUAGUGUGGCGUUUAGUUUAACGCUAAUCUUUGGUGCUUCAAUCGGUUGGUGAUCACCGAGCAUGGCCUGACGCAGCGAUGGAUGAGUCCGUUACAGCGUUUGCCAUCAGUAAAACUUUUCACCGCCGUCUGCGACGACCACCUGUUGUGACCAACGUGUGUUCUUAACUCGGUCGAAGCUUCAACUCACCUGUGUCGACUCUUCCGGUCGUCGACGUAGCACCUUGUGGUGCCAAACUCCAUCCUGGACGCAGAUGACGUGCAGUGGCGUUUGAGUGUCGAAACAGUGUGUGGCCGGUGUUAGAUAUUUGAAACCCGUUUUGUUCCGUCUGCACCGGGUAGAACUUUCUUCGUCGGUGGUCAAACGCUGACGGAGCGCUUGCAGACAGUCAAGUGUUAACCAGUCAGCGGUAUCGCGCUUACGUUUUCGCUUUCGAGCAGUUCUUCUCGACGCCCACAGCAUCUGUAGACGUUGCCUAAAACUGCAACGUUGGAAGCCCACACACACACGGGGACACACGCAGUGGUUGUUGUUCCGUCGUCCGGGAGAGCCUGCCAGCUUUUUGUGUGUUUGUGCGUGUGUGUAGUCUACACGGCAUUGCCGUCGAUCUCUGCCACUUUCGCCUGCGGUCCACGUCGGUUUCGUCUGCUCGCAGCUGUCGGUGUCGUCUGCUAGCAGACGUCAGUUUCGUCUGCGCCGUUUUCCAUCUUCGCUUCCCAUACCGAAGCCCCGUGCUACAUAGACGCUUGGAUUGUUUUUGUGCCGUGGGAAAGCCGAGCUAUUUUCUUCUUCGCAUUAUUUUUUUACGCGUCGACUGGGGACCUGAUCAAUCACUGGGAGCAUCGGACGUCGCUUCGCUGCGCUCUCAACCGCAACCGUGUGAGCGGUACCAGAAGCUAGCGACCGUGGAGACAGCGAGUACAUCGGUCCUGAUAUCUGGAGCGAUUACCUUACCUCGGAAGACAAGGAGGCACCCCUGAACUGAUCGAGACCAUCGCCCAAGGGAAUGCUGUUGGCUCCCGUCGGUCCUUCCCGUCUUCCCUGCCUCUCGCUCGGCCGCCUCCUUCUCCGUCCCCGUCGUCGUCCCGUCGUCGUCGUCGUCGUCCCCGCCGGUGGCGCCACCAUGUCGCUGAGCUCGAAGAACACGGACGGCUCCCCGCGUAGCAGCGGCAGCAGCUGGCAGCCGGGGCUCCCACCUCGAGAGUUCGUGCGCCGGGUGCCGCUGCCGCAGGUGGUGCGCAUAGCCGAGCGCGUGCACUCGCCUUCGAGCCUGGACCUGAGCCAGCCGCUGGUGCUGUACGGCGCCUACCGGUGCCGCAAGGUGCACGCGCGCUCCCUGGCGCCCGACGCGCGCAGCUCGGGACUCAGCACCACGGGCCCGCCGCUCGUCAUCCCGGAGAGCUACGCCGGCUGGUUCGCCAUAAUCUCUGAAGACGGCCACACGGCGGGCUACUUCAGCUGCCUGGAGCAGGUGGCGCUGGCGCAGGUGUCGCACUUCCUGGCCAGGGAGCCCCUGCAAGGUUACCGGCUGCUGGGCCACAGCCACGAAACCGGCAGGGCCGAGUACAGCCGCACCGUGGUUCUCCCCGGGCAGGUGCUGGGCUUCCUGGGCGUGUACGAGGACGUCAACAUCCGGGCCACGUGCGUCGGCAUGCUGCGCCCCGCGCCGGCCGAGUGUCGCUACGCCAAGUGCUGCCACGCGGCCACGGGCGACGUGGUGUUCGUGCCGCUCGCCUCCCGGGGCAAGUUCUACUCGGUGGCGCGCCGCUCGUCCCGAUCGCCCAACCACGUGUUCCCGCUGGCGCAGCUGCUGCGCUUCGCCAGGGUGCCCAUCACCGUGCGCCUCGUGUGCGGCCCGCUGCUGCGCACGCCCACGGCCUUCACCGGAAUCCUCAGGCUCGAACACGUACAGGAACAGGAGGUGGUGCUCGCCUGCAGCCUCCAGGAAGGUCGGCCCACGCUGCUAGAGAUCGACAUGGGCUCCACCUUUUCCUUCAUGCCGGAGCGCGACUCACGCAAGAUGGGCAAGUCGAGCCAACUGUACAACCGCAUGCUGCGUCACUGCCUUGAGGAGGCCGACAGGUGGCGCAGCGAGAUCAAGGUGGCGCAUCACGUGGUGCCAAAGCACCAGCUGCAGGCGCAGGGCCGCGCGACGGCCCUCAAGAAAUCCCUCUCUUCGGCUAGCAAGAAGUCGGCCUGCUCGUUUGCCGACCUGCCUUCUUCAUCCGGCGUUCCCACGCUCAAGUCCCAGAUGUCCACGUCGUCCAAGAAGUCCUCCACGUCCUCGACGUCGAGCAACCCGUUCAAGAGGCUUUGGUCCCUGCACAGGUCGUCCUCCUCAAAGAAAGCCAGCGCGGCAGCCAAGUUUGCCUCCGGUGACGGCUCCGAGACGGCCGACGAGUUCGAGAAGCUCGGGGUGUUCCGGACGGUUGGACCGAACGCUUCCACAAGGCUGUUCGCGUCCACGACGGACCACAUAUACGAGUCCAUACCGAGACCCCGCGCCAGUAGGACUCCCCGGUACCUGAUGGCCAGGGACGUGCUUCCCAUCAAGGCUGCCAAGGAUUUCGAACCAGUGGGCGACGACGGCUAUGGAACGUCCCACAUGGACAGUGACUCCGUCUACGACUCGAUUUCAUAGCCUCCCUCCACUGUUGUAACUGCAGGCCUUUCCUUUAUUUGUUGGUGCUUGCUCGCUUGGACAACGCGUGACACACCACGUGGUCUUAAGACGGAACUCUGGUGGCAUAUGAGUCGGAAUGGUGCUCUGGAACCACGAGUGCCUGUUCGUGAAAACCAAGCGGUAGUGCUGUACACGGCUGCCUUCAGCAGUUUACGCUAGCUGUAGAGUGGGUUAGAAAAGACGCCCGCACACAGGUGUGUUGGUACAACUCCCUUGCCCAGUUUCCGUGUCAUCAAAGAAGUGGCGUGCGAUACAUGGUGGUUCAAGGCGCUCUCCAAACGCAUACGACACACAAGCAAGUCGAUACUGGAGAAGAGCGCAAAGGCUGUAUGGCCAUCAUCAUGACUGGGAGGUUAGAGCAUGCCACAUGGACAAUCUGUGAAUAGGACAGGGCACUGCAAGAGCUGGGCAGCUUGGCACGUGCACAAAAGGAUUCUUCAAGCACCAGUGACACAGACUGUAAAAGGAUAUCGUGAAGUGCCGAAAACUAGCGGUGGGCAAAGCUACAGUCGCUUGUCCCAAGUUCUUAGAGCUGUUUCAUCCAGUGCAUGAAGAUUGAAGCCUACAGAUACUAAGGGCACUUCACACAAUGUGCAUUGUGACAUUUGGGACCACACAAUUCUUAUACUAGGAGUAUGUUCGUGCAGUUGCGGAUCUUUUUCUGAUGACAUGCGAGAAUAAGGGUGUUGCACGCAACAGAAAAUGUGCCUUAGUGUAGCCACCAAGACUGCUGUGGGCAGCACCAUUAGAAUUCAAAUCUUGUGCUUACAGUGAAGAUUUCUUUUGGAGCUAGGCAUUUUACUAUAAGGCACUCAUAUUUUAUAGAAAUUUCAGACAUAUUUGCUCACUACUUUACAAUAUUGGUAACAAAGGGAUUCACCAAGAGUAUAACUUAGGAGAACUAGUGCCGCAUGCUUACGCUUAACCAACAUGAAGGAAACAAAGACUUAAAAAACAAACGCUGUCUCAUCCUUUGCUUCUAGCGUCACUUGCACCAUGGCUGAAUGAACUUAAGAGCUGCCACCUGACUUAAGUACUUCAACUAACUCUCAAUUUUCUAUCACUUCUGGCUUAUAAAGAGUCUGCUGAUGGCAAGAUUGAUUUGUGAUUUGACAAGUUUAUGCUACCUGCAGCUUAGGUGAACAUUUCUACACAAAGGUGCCCAUUAACACAAGAUCACGGCAAACAAACUGCACUGAUGCCAACCCCAUUCAAUGUCAUUUUGGAACAUUGCUUGUACUUAGGACAUAAUAUAUUUUGCAAUGCUCAGAAGAAAAAUUGUGCUUCAGUACUUCAACAUUUAAGUCCAUACCAUUCCGCUAUGCACUCAAUGCAGCAGUUUGAGCGAAUGAAGCAAAAUUUCCACAUAAUUAAACUCCUAUUUCUACACCUGUCGGCGGCAAUAUAUUUGCAUUAUGCAGUUAAUACUCAAAGCUAUACAGAUUUUCGAUAUAGUAGAUUUUUUUUAGUUAAAUUCCUGGAAAAUCAAGGCUGGUAUCCUAAGAGCAUGUGAGAACUCAACAAACCAAGCAUUAAAACAAUAAAUACAUCUAUGCUAGCAGAUUCACGAUUCUGUUGGCGUUCCUCUUUGGAAAAGGUGAAUUAUUCACGAAGACAAACUUAAGUUCUUGUGUUCUGAGACCGAGCUGUUUUGUUGUAUCAGUGACAUCGUUGCGAUGUCCCGAAUUACAUGGCAUUUCCACGCAUAUCAGUUUUUGUGUAGAUUAAGUUCACACAAAUUCACAGGUUCAUUCACCAUCUCGGCAAUGCAGUGCAGUUUUUUUCUUUUGUAUGCAAGCACUUGACUAGCACUGAUCAGAUGUGUACUGAUGGUGUAACUUCUGUGUAAUGUCGCCACCUGUCCCCCCCCCCCCUUUUCUUUUUCCCGCCAUCUUUUCUGGCUUAGAGAGCAUCUGCUGAUGACAAGAUUGAUUUGAGCUUCUAUAAGUUUAUUUUACUGCUGCUUAGGUUAUUUCUAUUGAUGUUCCUUCAAGGGCACAGAGCUAGUUCCAACCACUGGCACUAUGUACACUAGAAGUGUGGAUGCUACGAUGGCUAAUGAAGUUUAGUAGAAUGAAAAAGUGAGGUGAAUCUCAACACAAGUUGCUGUAAUAAACCUGACAACAUAUUAACGAUAAUUGCAGCAGCGAUGCUGCUUGCAAUCAACCAGCAGUAAUGUUUGAUAUUACUAGCUCUGCAUUCGAGCCACGCAAUAUACCCAACUAAUUCAGGUAUACUGCAGCACUAAUGGCUAAAUAACUGAAAGAUAACAAGACAACAGUGCUAAUUGGCUCAGCAGCUACCAUGACCAUCUUGUGCAUGUAGAAUUAACUUGCUACAUUUGAGCUCACAAGUUGAGGAUAUACCAUAAAAUUAAGGCAUACUCAAAUCUUGCAGCAACCCUUGCAAAUGUCCGCAGCUAACUGCAAGCAUGCAUGAGGUCACAGGGCACAUAUUCAUUAUACCUUUAAUUUUCUUUCUGCAUUUAGACACUGAACAUUUGAUUGCCAGUGCACCAACUAUAAUGCAAAAUGGAUACUCACUUCGCAUACAAUGAAUCUGCUUGCUUUUCUAUUAACUCCACAGAACUGAAUGUGCCCACUUAUUCACAGGAUAAUGUACAGUUGCAUUAACAGCCAUGUACAAAGAUGCUUGUUUUAAGCAGCCAUCAGCCCAUCUUCAUGCCUGUAGCCCAACGUAGCCCACUCCAUCAACAGGGAAAUGCAUCUUUAAAUGAAAAUCUUGCAAUUGUGAGAUGAGGAGCAUGUUUUACAGUGCACCGUGGUUUCGUGGUGUGCGAGGCAUGUGUUCUAGUACGAUCAUGUGACCUGAUGACGAGCUCAGCAGACUGCGACCACCAACUGCGAAUAAUGACAUUAGACACGUCUACUUGUGCCAAGAAAACUUUCAGACGUUUGCCUGAGUCCCUAACAUACACAAUUGGCAGUGGCAAAAAAUGGUACAAUCAUGAAACAUUAGACAAUUGUACAGGCUUCCGAAGUGUACAGCCGUAGUAGGAGCAUAGUCCAGAGCAAUUUUCCUAUGAAACAAGAACACUUUGCCCAUCAGGCUCCCACAUCCACGAAGUAUUCUUCCUUUGCCUGUUUUAAGCGCAUAUAACCACUGCUGCAUUCCUAGGCAACCGAGGCUUGCAAAAGCAUGUGCUCAGCAAAUCCACAUGUUGCAACUCAGUUCCUGCUUUUCCACCAAUGACAUUAUUGUAUGUCACCUGUCUGCUCAAAACAGAAAUUGUGAAACUUCCAUGCCAAGCAGAGCUAUAGUACUUGCAGGAAGAAGUAAUGCAAGCACAAGUUGUGAAAGUGCUCGCUUCCAUACCGAGCUACUUGCAAAAGUUAUUUCCUGAAAAGGACUAUAUUUAAUACCUGACCAUUACCAGAUCACUAUUCUUCAGCACAAGGCAAGCUGCUUAGGAGAAAUCUUGUCACGCUAACAGAAAGCAAGUAAAACAUUGCAAAAGUUCUAGACAGCAACUUGUUUUCAAUGAAGAUGCCGCUGUGAUGAAGUGUCCUAACAAAUUUCAUUUUGCUACUGCAGAAAAAUGCCAUUUACACUUGUCUGUUGAAUAAAAUGGGUAACAAAUGAUUUUA